AUGAAGAAGCAAAAAGAUGAAGAGGACGAAGAAGAAGAUGAAGAAAAAGAAAAAGAAAAAGAAGAGACGUGCUAUAAUAAGAAUUUAAAAAAUGAAUAUAAUAAAAUUAUAAAUAAAGAAGAAAAAUAUUUAAAUAAAUCUAGAAUAUCUAAUAUAUUAAAAUGUGUAAAUAGUUUUGAUAAAAACGUAUCAGUAUAUGAAUAUGAAAAUAUAUUAAAAAAAAUGUUAAUAAAAAAAAAAAAAAAUAUAAAUAUAAAAAUAAAUAAAAAUGAAAAGGAUCAAAAUGAUCAACAUGAUCAACAUGAUCAAAAUGAUCAACAUGAUCAAAAUGAUCAACAUGAUCAACAUAAUCAACAUGAUCAAAAUGAUCAAAAUAAUCAAAAUAAUCAAAAUAAUCAAAAGGAUUAUAUGUGCGAUGUUAACAAUAAUAUUAUAAUAAAUACAGAAAACACAAAUUAUAAGAAUGACAUUAAUAAUAUGCAAGAUUAUAUAAAUAACCACUGUCUUGAUUAUAAUUAUAGUAAUUAUAGGAAAGUUAAGAAUCUUAAUUUGUUGAUUAAAAAUGAAUGUACCAAGGGUUAUUCUAGUGAUAGUAAAAUAUAUUCACAAAAGAAAAAAAAAAUUAAAUAUUCCAGACAAAAGGAAAAAUAUAAAGAGCUUCCUAAAGUUAUAACACCUCUAAAAGGGAAGCACAUAAAUAAUAAAGUGCAUGAAGAAUAUUUAGAAGAUAUACCUUGUAAUAGAUUAUUUAAGGAUGUUAAUUAUGAAGAUGUAAGUAAUGUAGAUAAUAUGGAUAAUACCUUACAUAUUAAUAACAUAAAUAAUAUAAAUACAUCACAGGAUGGUAAUUAUUUAGCAAAAGAAUAUAUUACAAACACAUUUAAUGGUAAAUACAACACAGAUUAUAAUAAUAAAAAGAAAAGAAAAGAAAUGUAUAAAAUUUUAUAUAAACUAAAACAUAUUAAUGAAUUUAACAACUCUGAAUCAAAUCAACAUCUGGAUUCUAUGGAUGACCAAAGUAAAAAUGUUAGCCAAGGGGAAAAAAAGAAAAGGAAAAAAAAAAAAAAAAAGAAAAAAAAAAAAAAAAAAAAUCAAAGGGAAAAGAAAAAUCAAAAGGAAAAUGAAUAUUUAAAUAAAUAUAUAUUUAUGAAUGAAAAAAAAAAUAACAAUUUGAAUGAAAUACAUAAUAUGAACAUGAUAACAUCUUUUAAAGAAAACGGUAGCAUGAAAACAACAUAUAUGAAUGAUACUAUUAUAAUUAAUGAAAAAGAAAAAUAUAUGAAUUCUUUAUUACCUUCUCCAGAUUUUAUUAUAAUUAAUCAAGAUAAAAAUAAAAAAAAAAUUAUAAAUAAUAAUAUAUAUUUAAGUGAUAAUAAUAUACAAGAAAAAUUUUUAAACGACAAAUAUAUAAGUAAUAAUCAUCAUGACCUUUCACCUUUUGAACAAUUUAAUAAACAUAAUAAAUCUUUUCCUAGAAUUAAUGAGAACAAUAUUAAGAGUAAAUUUGAACAUAUGUUAUUAUGUAAUGAUAUAUCAUAUAUUAAGAAGAGUACAAAUAAUCAUAACAUAAAUAUUUACAAUAAUGAUAAUAAUUAUUUUGAGGAUGAUGUACAUAAGAAAAAAAUGGAUGAAUAUAUUAUUAACCGUAAUGUAAAGAACGAUAACAUUAUUAUAGAUACAAACAAUUUAAAGGAACAUACUAAUUUAUUAAAUCAUCAAAGUGAUUGUAUAAAUAUACAUAGUGAUAAUGUGGAUACAUUAUUAGGAGAUAUAAAAGAUGAAAGUGUAAAUAUAUCGUGUGAUGAACAUAUAGACAUUGGUAAUUUUUGUUAUUAUUCAAAGGAUAAUACGUUAGGCUCAAACGUUACAAGUAAAAAGAAUAAUAUGAAAAAUGUGGAUAAUAUGAAAAAUGUGGAUAAUAUAAAAAAUGUGGAUAAUAUAAAAAAUGUGGAUAAUAUAAAAAAUGUGGUUAAUAUAAAAAAUGUGGAUAAUAUAAAAAAUGUGGAUAAUAUAAAAAAUGUGGAUAAUAUAAAAAAUGUGGAUAAAAUGGAUAAUAUUAUUUUAUCGGAUAACAGUCAGAAGGGUAUGAGGGGACCCCAUCAAAAAGGGGACAGCACCAUGGUAACAUCCAAAAGUAUUAUUUCGAUUAAUGAUAAAAAUUAUAAAUCAUUAAAAAAUGAGCAAACUAAUAAAAAAAGUAUUAUACAUAAUAAUAAUAAUAAUUUAUAUGUAUGUAAGGUUGAGGAUAGUAAUAUAAAUCUUAUAAAUAUUAUUAAAGAUAAAAAGGAUAAUCAUGUAAAUAAUAUAAUAAAUAAGGAUAAUAUUUACAAAAAUGUUGAAAAAAAUGAUACAUUAAGUAGUUCCUUGUCUAAUACUAUCACCUACACAAAUAAUAUAUAUGAAAAAAAUAAUAAUAAUAAUAAAAAAAAAAAAAAAAAAAAAAAAAAAAAAAAAAAAAAAAAAAAAAAGCAAACAAAACAAGAGAUAUUAGAAAAUAAUAUAAAUAUAUAUCAUGAGGAAAAGAAAAAUAACGAUACAACAAAUAUUGAUGAAGAUAAUAAUGAUGAUAAUAAUAAUGAUGAUAAUAAUAAUGAUGAUGAUAAUAAUGAUGAUGAUGAUAAUAAUAAUGAUGAUGAUAAUAAUAAUGAUGAUGAUAAUAAUAAUGAUGAUGAUAAUAAUAAUAAUAAUGAUGAUAAUAAUAAUAAUAAUGAUGAUGAUAAUAAUAUCCAAAAUAACAAUACCUACAUUGUAGUUACACAAAAUGAUGAAGAAAGAAAGAAACAAAAUUAUUACCAAUUUAAUAUGUUGAAUAAUAUUUUUAAAAAUAAACUUUCUAUAAAUAAUUCGUUCUAUUGUCUAAACACAGAUUACAUAAAUAAUGAAAUCGAUUCUCAUCAAAAAAAAAAAAAAAAUAUAUCCAUGUAUAAUAACACGACUGACGGAUAUGCAGUCAAAAAAUAUGAGUCUUUAAGUGAAGAAAAUUAUAAGAUGGAAAAAAAAAAAAAUGUGUCCUAUAAAAAGUUAGAAAAAAUAAAACAUAAUAAUAAUGAGAAUGUAUAUAAUUAUUAUAAUAACAAAAUUGAAAGUAAGUAUACUCCUUAUUUUGAUGAUUAUACAUCAAAUUAUUGUUUAAAUAAGUAUAAUGCAUCUAAUAAUAUAGGAGAACAUAGAAUGGUAAAUAAAAUAAAUAGAUAUACACAUAAUGAUGAUAAUAUAUUACGAAGAAAUAAUUGUCAUUUUUAUGAAUUUGGUAAUAAUAUUGAUGAAUAUAGAAAUCAUAUUAUAAAAAAGAAAAUUAAUAAAAGAGAAGAAGGAAUACAUAAAAAUGAUAAUAAGGAAAUAUAUACAAAUAAUACUUACCAAGCAUUUCAUAAUAAUAAUAAUAAUAAUAAUUUUCAUUAUAGUUAUCAUAUAAAAUAUGAAUCUAAUAAGAAUAAAUUACCUUUUUAUCAUAUAAACAGAAAGAAACAUAACCAUGUAAAUACACAUAAUUAUAAUAAUGAUUAUAAUGAUAUAAAUAAUAAUGUUGAUAUGUAUAAUAAUAAUCCAUAUACUAUAAAAGAUUCGUCUAAUAAUUAUGAUGAACAGAAAAAAUUGUUUUUUUUUAAUUAUGUUAAUUAUAUGAAUACAUUAUAUUAUUGUAACCAUAAUGAUCAUAAUAAUAAAAAUUAUAAUUAUAAUAUUAAUAAUUAUAAAUAUAAUCUAAUUAAAGGAUAUUAUAAUAAUGUUAAGAGUAAUAUGUGCACAGGAUCAUUAAAUUCGUAUUUUCCAUAUGACAACCAUGCCUUUGUAAACCACUUUUCUCCAAACAACAAAAUAGAUGAUAUGAUAUAUGUAGAAACUAAAAGAAGUAUUAGUAGUAACGAAGAUGUCGUUAAUAAUAAAAAUUAUGAUCAUCUCAUACAUAAUACAAAUAAUAUAAAUAGUGUUAAUAAUAUAUAUUAUUUUGAUAAUUUUUAUCGUCAUAAUCGUUUUAAUUCUCUUAAUGAUUAUACAUUUCUAAGUUGUAAUAUUAAGAAAAAAAAAAAGGGUAAAGACUCAUCUAAUACAAACAAUUCCCACAUUUUUGUUACAAAUAAAGAUAUGAAACCUUAUAACAAAAAAAAUAUGAACUUUAUUUUAAGUAAUAUACAAGAUUUAGAUAAUAACCAAAAGUCAGCAUUAUAUAUGGAUAAAUAUAAAUAUUAUUCUACUUAUAUAAAAAAAAAAAAAAAAACCAAAGAUGACACAUUAACAUAUAAUAAUAAUAAUAAUAAUGAUAAUAUGGAUUAUUCUUAUAAUUUCAUGAUGAAUAAUUUUUAUGGCAAUAAUUUUUUUUUUUUUUACAACAAUGAUUAUUACGAAAAUAUGACGAAUGAUGAUAGUAGGUUUGUGAAAAAUGUGGGUGAUAAAAAUAGUAAGAAUGUGCUCAAAUGUGUGCAUCCAUAUAAUAUGAAUAAUAUGAAUAAUAUGAAUAAUAUGAAUAAUACAAAUAGUAUAUAUAAUAUAAAUAAUAAUAGUCGUUGUGGUAGUAAGAGUUUUCCUUAUAAGGAUACACAUGUUGAUAAUAAAAUGAACAUACCCCUUGAGACUUAUGAAAUAUCUUUAGAAAUAUUAGAAAAGAGUAAAAGAAAUAAAAAUUAUUUUGAAGAUCCGUUUAAAUAUUACACUGAUAUUCAUGUGAACGAUUACUCAUACGGAAUGAACAAUCCAUACAAAGCAAAAAAUAAUAAUAAUAAUAAUAAUAUUAAUAAUAUUAAUAAUAUUAAUAAUAAUAAUAUUAAUAAUAAUAAUAUUAAUAAUAAUAAUAGUCAUCAUCAUUAUAAUAAUAAUAAUAAUAAUAGUCAUCGCCUUUAUUAUUAUUAUAAUAAUAAUAAUUGUAGUAAUGAUAUUUCUUUGUAUAAUGAAAAGAAAUGUCCAGAGAAUCAACACAUUAUUAAAAGUUAUAAUUAUUAUAAUAAUAAUAUAUAUUAUGAUAAUGUUUACAAGAUCCCAUUAUAUAAUAGUUAUACAAAUAAUAUGAUAUACCCCUUUCCAUUUUUAAUAUCUCCACAUUAUGUUCAAGAUUUAAAUUAUUUAUAUCCUUUUAAUUAUCACAAUAAAUAUGCUGAGGAAAAUACAUUUAAUAAAGAAAAUACAACAAAUCAUGAGAAUAACAAACAAUUUAAUACGCACGUUAAUGAAAUGGACAAUAAAAAACGUUGUUAUAAUAAUAAUAAUAAUAAUAAUAAUAAUAAUUCGUAUUUAGAAUAUAGGAAAAUUAAAAACAAAAAAAAAAAAAAAAAAUUUAAAAAUUAUACUAUGGAGCCCCAGCAACGUACAUGUGUUUAUAAUGAAAAAAAUAUAAAUGUAAAUAUAAAUAAAAACAUUUUAUAUGAUAUUAUCCAUACAACAGAUAAAAGUAAAAUGUUAAAAAGUAACGUAAGUUGUGAUCAUAAUGUUGAUAAUAUACAAAAUAAUAAUUUGGAUUGUCAGGAAAAAAAAAACAAAGGUACUGUUGAUCAAUGUGAACAUUGUAUUGCUGAAGUUGUAACAUCUUCAUCUCUUAACAAAAUAAAUUUUAAGGAAUCAUUAAAAAAGCACAGUAAUAAUAAUAAUAAUAAUGAUGAUAAUGUUAAAAUAAAUAAAUGUGAUGAGAAAAAAAAAAAAACAAUAUUAACUUCAAAUGAAGAUAAUCAUAAGGAUAUAAACAAAUCAGUAUAUGUUAUACAAGAAUUAAGUUAUAACAAUAUUAUAUAUGAUAAUAAACAUAUAAAAGAAAAGCACGAAAAGAACCUUUUUAAUAUAGAAAAAAUAAAGAGAAAUCAAAGUGUUGAUAUAAGAUGUUUUAAAACCUGGUUGAAUAAUAUAAAUUAUAAUAAUAGUUUUAAUCAUAUAUUAUGUGAUAAAAAAAGAAAUAGAAGGAGUAUAUCCUUAAAUAUUCCAAAAAGAUCUAAUUUAUUCAAAUCAACAUUCAAUGUUAUUGAUGAUAAUAAAAUAUUAGAAAACAACAACAAUAAUAAUAAUAAUAAUAAGAAGAAGAACAACAAUAUUUAUAAUAUGUUUAAUAUGAAUUUUUAUGCACAAGCUAAUAAUAAGCAUGAUCACGUAAAUAAUAAUUAUAACAAGAAAGAUCUUUUUCUUUUAUUUUACAAGACAGAGAAGAAACUUAUCGAUUUAUUAAAGAUUGUUAAACCUACUAAAGAUAUUAAAUUGAUAAAGCAAAAUAUUUUUUGUUUAUUAUCCAAGUUGAUUAAACAUAUACUAAAUUCUGAAAUAAAUAUAUAUACUGUGGGUUCUACUGCAUAUGGUGUAGAUUCUAAAACGAGCGACUUGGAUAUUGUUAUACAAACAAAUUUAUACAACCCUAAAUAUAUUUUAUACAAUAUAUAUAAUUAUAUUAACAAAAUUAAAGAUACCGAUAAUAAGAAAACUCUUUUACAAGAUGGCUUGUUAACAAAAAUUAACCAUCAUGAGGAAAACGAUUUUUCUUUUUUUAAUAAUGUAGAAUUACAACUAGUAGAUUCUGCUAGGGUUCCUAUUUUAACAUUAAAAAAAAAUAAAAUAGUUUGUGAUGUUUCUGUUAAUACAAACAAUUCAUUGAAGCAUACAGAAUUCUUUUUAAAUGUUUUAACACGUUUUCCAAAUUUAAAAAAUGUAAUGCGCCUGUUGAAAUUUUUUCUAAAAGUCAGAACCCUACCAUCUAUGAAACAAGGAGGCUUACCAACCAUUUUUUGGAUGAUGUUAUGUGUUAAAUAUUGUAGGAUAUCUAGAGAAAGUUCUGAACAAAAUGAAAUAAUUACAGAUGAUUCUUGUGUAAAUAAAACGAUAAAUAAGGAUACAUUAAUAUUAAAUGAGAAUCAUAGAAAUAGAAAUGAUCAAGAUGUGCUUCCUAUAUCUAAAAAGGAUACUUUAAAAAGUAAAAGCAAUGAAACGUGUAAUUUCAGGAGACCUAUAAAUAUAAAUGAUAAAGCACAAGUUACACAAGAUUUAAAAAAAAAAAAUUAUAAUUGUAGAUUAAAUAAUUGUGACCUUGAGCAUAAUUAUCAAAAGGAUAAGUCCCAUAGCAAACCAACAAAUAUAGAAAAUGACAAAAUAAAUAAUUACCAUAAUGUUGAUAAGGAUGAACAUUUUAACUUUAAUCCUAUAUCUAAUAGAUUUCCUCUUGAUGAUAAACCUAUACAUGAUUCUAAUAAUUUAGAUAAGUAUAAUUAUCCUUAUGAGGAUAAGUCAUCCUUGAGUAUAUCACAUGUAUCCAAAAAUUGUGGUUCUUUUUUUGGAAAGGGAAAAAGGUAUUUUUCUAACCAAGCACAUAAUACUAAUAAUUCUGACAGCAAUAUAUUUAUUAAUGAAAAAAAAAAUAAAAUGAACAAAGAUAAUUAUACGAAUAAUACGUGCUCUAAGUAUUUUUUCAAACUGUCUUAUAAUUUUUUGAACUCAUCCUUUUUGAAAAACGAAAAUUAUGAAAUGAGUGAUAUGUGUAGUUGUAGUUCCUGUGAAAAUAAUCCUGCUGUAUAUAAUGAUGAUAUGGAUAAUAAUUUUUAUGAUGAUAAUAAUAAAUUUACCAGUUUGAAAAAAAAGAAAUUGGACUAUGAUGAAAAUAAUUUCAAUCAUGAUCACCAUAGCGAUAUUAAUAGUCAUGUAAGUUUUAAUAACAACCUUAUAAGCAACCCAUCGAUUUAUUUUUCGACAUGCUCGACUUAUUCUUCUAUAAAUCCGGAAAACGUAGAAAAGAGAUAUAUAAAAAAAAAAAACAUUUUAAAGGAUAUACAUAAAAACAGUGUAGUAGUAUCCAAAUAUAUGAGUCUUAUAAAUAAGAAAAAUAAAGAGAAGCCUAAUUUAAUAGGAAAAGAUGAAAAAAUAGAAAAUGACAACACGGAAAACAUUAAAGAUAAUGCAUAUAGCUCAUUUUUAAAUGAUGAUAAUAAAUAUGACAAUAAUAAUAAUAAUUAUAAUAAUAAUAACAAUUUUAAUAUUAAUACGAAUUAUUUAAUGAAUAUAUGUCCAUUGUUUUAUUCAUUUAUGAUAUUUUUUAACCAAUUAAAUUCUCGAAAGAAGCUAAUGAAAAUUAUAAAUAUUAUAAAUGAAGAAAAGUGUCUUGAUAAAGAUGAAAGCGAAAUAAAUAAGAAAAUCCUAUCAAGUAUUUGUCAUGGAGGUGUGUGGGAUGAAUUAGUAACCUUGUAUGAUCCUAUAUAUAGUUCUAAUUAUGAAUCUUUUAUUAAUAGAAAAAAAAAUGAUUAUAACAAAAUUUAUGAUAAAGUUAUCGAAAUGAAUAAAAAUGUUGAGGACAUGCAAUCCAAAGGAAACUAUACAACAACAACAAAAAAUAGUACAACUAAUUAUAAUAAUAUACAAAGGAAUGAUUUAAGUAAAAAAUUUGUAGAUACCACAACGGGAAAUACAUAUAGCGACAGAAUAACAGCACGAAGUUAUAUUCAUGAUAAUAAUGAUGAAAAUAAUAAUAUUUACAAUUAUAUGGAUGAAGUUGAUGAUAUGGAUGAUGUACAUAAUGUGGUUAAUUCCUGUGAUGUUCAUUUAAAUGACGUCAAUUAUUUUCAAAAGGACCGUGAGGAGAACAGUUCUUAUACCUAUAGAAGAAAUGAACAUAUGAGUAAUAAUAUAGAUACAAUAUGUCGAAGUAAAAACCUUUUAUUAAAUCAUAAGGGUACUAAUCAAGAUAACAAUAUUUUUGAAAGAAAUAAAGAGAAUAUGAGUAAUAGUAGUUCUAAUUAUAUGAAUGAAAAUAAUACAUUGUCUGAAAAAAACUUUUCUACACGUUCCAUAUUAAAAAGAAGAAAUAUGUAUCAUAAUAAAAAUGAUCAUUAUUGUUAUAGUACCUCUCAACAGAAUGAUGGCAACUAUUUAGAGAACAAUAAGAGCAAUAUGUUACAUAAUGAUGAUGAUAAUGAUGAUGAUAAGAAGGAUGAUAAGAAGGAUGAUAAUAAGGAUAAUAAUAAUAAUGAUGAUGAUAAUGUUGAUGUGUUUCAUUAUAUAAAUAAAAAUAAAAGUAAUAGUUUCAUUAGUAAUAAUUAUCCUUGUGAUAAUACAUACAAGCAAAAUAUAAACUUAAACAAGGAGAAUUGUAAGACUAGAAACAAUAUCAGCAUGCCUUUAAAUAUAAAUUAUGCAUAUGGAAUAUCAAAAGAUGAGAUGAUACAUUUUAAAAAUUAUCCUUAUAAAUAUAAUGAUAAAUAUGAUUAUGAUGAAGACAUAUUAUCUUUAAUGAAAAAUUUAAGAACAGAUGAUUAUACAAAUGAUGAUAUAAUAAAUAUAAAAAAAAAAAAAAAAAAAGGAUCCCUUAUAAAUGAUAAGAACAUAACAGAUAUAACGACAUAUACAAAUUCGUCCUCAUCACUAUAUAAUAAAAAUAAUAAGAAUAUGAAUGCUAAUAGUAAUAAUAAUUAUUAUACAAACACAAAAAAUAACUCUCAUUAUAAUUAUAAUUAUAAUCAAAAUUAUGAUGUUCCCAAAAAGACGUAUGACAACAUUUCAACCUCUUAUGAACCUAAUAAUUAUAUGAAAAAUAGUAGUAAUAAUAGUAGUCAUCAUCAUAGUGUUUAUGAAGGAAGGUACACGUUUAAUAAGUUAAAUAAAAUAAAUAAAAAUAUGUACAAUUCUUUUAUGCCGAACAAACAACAAUCAUAUUUUAACAAUAAUUAUAAUAAUAAUUAUAAUAAUAAUUAUAACAAUAAUUAUAAUAAUAAUUAUAAUAAUAAUUAUAAUUAUCAUGAUGAUAAUUCAAAAUUCGAUUCAGAAGAUUUAAUAUGGAAAUAUUAUAAUAAUCCAAGUAAUAACAGGAAUCAUAUUAAAAAUAUACACAACUUGGAAAAAAAAUAUGAACACAAUAUAAAUUUGGCUAGUAAAGUUAGUAGUGCAACAUGGUUAAUUUAUUUAUAUGAAUUAAAGAGAGCUAGCUUUUUUAUUAAUUACUAUUUUUAUCAUCUCCAUUUAUUUAUUUAUUUUAAAAAUUAUUUUUUAAACUAUCAAAAGAAUUACACAUUAUUCCAAAAUAAUAAAUGGAUUAUACUCAAAAGAAACUAUGAAACACAAAAGAAAAAAGAAAAAUAUUCAGAUAUAAUAAAUAUGAAAGAGUCAGAAAUAAAUGUGCACACAUCAUGUAUCUCAAAAAAAUUAAAUGAUAUAAAAGCGAAAAAUGUACUGAAUAAUAAUAAUGAUCAUAUGAAUAAAGAAGACAAACAAAGAAAUGGAAUCGAUCAAGAAAAUAAUAAUGAAAAAAAAAGUUAUAAAACUCAUUAUGAUAUAUUCAAGAGAGAUAUGCAUGAAAUCAUAAAAUGUACAGUUCAAAAUUUAAAUAACUGUAUAGACGCAUUGUUUGAAAGAACUAAGGGAGAUAUUUAUAGCUUACCAUUUAAAAUAGACAAAAAAAAUAAAAAUGAAAAUAAAAAUAAAAAAAUAAAUAAUAAUAAUAACAACAAUAAUAACAACAACAAUAAUAAUAAUAAUAAUAAUAAUUAUAGUAGUAGUAUUUGUUGUUGUUGCUUUAAUACUACCCCAAAUAUUUCCCCACAAUUUAAUAAUAUUCAUUCAUUUUUAAAUAAUAAAAAUUGUAAACACAAUAAUAUAAACAAAGAUUCUAUGACAAACUCUUAUGGGUUAAUCUUAAUAGAAGGGAAAUUAAUCUUUGUCAAAUUUUUAUAUAUUUGUAUUGAUAAAGAAAAAUUCUGGGAUGAAAGUUUUUUAUGUAGAAGGGAUAUAAAAACCGUGAUACAUGUAAAAGCACUAGAUGUGCUUUUUAUCUCCAAAAAUAAAUUAAAAAAUAAAGAAAAGAACGAAAAGAACGAAAAAGAUAACAAUUUAAACAACAUAAUAAAUCAAAAUAUAUGUAAUAAUCAUAAGAACGAUAUCUAUUUUGAUUUAGAACAAAAUCUUUGUACAAAUAAUAAAUCUUCACAAGAAUUUUCAUCAAGUAAUACUUCCAACAUAGAUAAUACAUUUUUAUCAGAUGAUACUAUAUUUUGUGAACAAAAAAAUAAUUUAUUGAAGGAUUCAAAAUUAACACAUCAACAAACAUAUGGCAUAAAUACAAAUUUACAAAACAACAAAAAUCAUUUUGAAGAAAAAAUUAUUAUGUAUAAUAACACACGCAAAAAAAAUGAUCAUUAUGUAAAUGACGAUAUAAUUAAUUUAUGGAAAUGUAAACAAGAAAAAGAACUAUCCAAUAAUUUUAUCUAUAAUAACAAAAAUAAUUAUAUAGGAAUUCUUAUGGAACAAAAUUCGAAUCAGGAAAUUUUCUUUAAAAAUAAUUCUAAAUUUAUUAUAGAAAAAAAUUAUAUUGAUCAAAAUAAUGAACAUAUGGAUAAUAUGAAAACAUAUCAAAAUGAUCCAACAGAUAUGGAAAAAAAGAAAUAUAAUGACGAAAAUAUCUUUUCAAUAAAUCCAUGUAACUUUGUAACUAGGAUUAAUGUUAAGACUAUUUAUUUAUCAGGAAAACAUAUACAUGAUGAUUUAAAAGGAACAUUAUUACAAAAAAUAGAUAUAAAAAAAGAAUUUAAAAAUGAUGAUGAAAUGAAUACAUUCUUACAAAAUCAAAAAGAUAUAUAUGAUGAAGAAAUAUACUGCUUAAGAAUUAUUAGUAGAAAUGAAAUAAUGAGAUAUAAAGAAUUAAUAAAAAUUAUGAAAAAAUGUCCAUAUUAUUAUAAAAAUGCAAAAAAUAUAUUAAAUAAUUUAAAUAAUUUAAAUAAUUUUAAUACACCAUUACAACAAACAGUACGUUUAUGUAAUUUUUGUGGUAUAAAAGGAAUCUCUAAUAUCAACACAAAACAUUAUAAAAUGUCAUCAAUACAACAACAUGUAAAAAAUAAAUUUUAUACUUUUAUGUAUCAUAUAUUUUAUAAAUAUCAACCAAAGAAUCAAGGGGGAAAUAUACAUAAUAUACAUAAUAUACAUAAUAUUCAUAAUAAUAAUAAUAAUAAUAAUGAAGAUCAUUUAAUAUGUAACCAUUCAAGCAAAUUCAAACGUAUUAAUAAAGAAAAAAGAAAUAAAGAAUUGUCAACAAAUUAUGAGAACAAUAUAUUUAAUCAUACAAUAGGUACAUCAAAGGAUAAUCAACAUAAUUGUUUGAGUGAUACGAAUUAUCGGGACAAUAAUUUAUCUGAUCAAUGUAAAAAUUAUUCCUUUCAUAAUAUAUACAAUUGUGGUGAGGAUCAUGAAAACAAAUCAGAAUUAAAAAAUAAUCGAGAGGAUAAAAAUGAUCAUGAUAUGUAUAAUAUUGUUGAAGAGAUAAAACAUACACAACGUAAUAAUCAAUAUAAUUAUAAGCAUAUAAAAGUGGAUAAUGAUUAUGAUAAUAUAAUUCAUAUGGAUAAAGAAAAAAACAUCGAAAAAAAAAUAUAUAUCAAAAGUAAUUACACAAAAAAUAAUUCUGAACAACAUGUAAACAAAAUGGAAAAUUUUAAUGACAAAAAAUGUGAAAGCCAAAAGAAUAUAAUUAAUAAUAUUAAUAAUAAUAUAAAAAGUGAAUUAUUACAUCAAAAUGAGAUCAACAAAGAUUGUAUAAAUAAUAAUAGUAUAUUUCCUAUUAAGGAUAAACAAAUUAUAAAUAAUAGUAAAGUAAUAAAAAAUAAUAUUUUGUCAGAAUAUUAUAAAAUAAAAAAAAGACAAAAAUCUAUUGAUAAAAUAUCCAAAUUAUAUAAGGAUGAAAUUAAAAAAAAAAAAAAUAAUGAUUUUAUCCCUCAUAACAAAAAAAUCAUGAGAAUUAAUAAUACAAUUAAUUGUUUAGUUGGACAAAGGACCCAAACAAAUUUUCUAUUUUUAAAAAAAAAUCAUUUAAAUACAACAACAGAAAAUAUAACAACCAAAAUUGUAACAGGUGCACAAAAUAAUAAUUUAAAUAAUGUAAGUGUUAAAAAAAACAAUUCAGGACAGAUGGAACAAAAUAAUAUUAAUGAUAUAUCAUAUGUUCCUACAUUUAGGAAGUUCCAGGAAAGGAAAAAAUAA